AUCUCAGACCAGAGGGGAAGUAAGAGUGACUUAAGUGAAAGAUGGUCGGCAAAAACUCAGUCACUGUUUUGACAGUCAUUGCUCUGUGUCUGGUAUUUGCAGAUGCUCUACCUCGCUUACCUAGACAGAGACGUUGCAGAUGCAUUAACCAAGCAGAACAACUGCAGUCGUCAAUGAAAAUCAGCAACAUUAAAAUUUUCUUUAAACAGGGUCUGUGUGAAAACAUUGAGAUCAUUGUCAACUUGCAAGAUAAUAGAAGGAUUUGCUUGAACCCUGAAUCAGAAGUUGGGAGGAAAAUGAUUGCUUUUAUGAGAAAGAAAGCGAACUACUGAAUGAUUGGCAAAGCAGAAUAAUGGAAAAUCUUGUAUUGCUGACCAGUUGCUCCAAGAUUUCAUCAUCAAUUGAAAUGUUCAUUCACUAUUAGAUUCUUGAAAAAUCUUUUAUUUAUUAUGUGCUUCACAUUCUUAUUUUUAUGUUUUAUAAAUUGACCUGUCUGCAGCAGUAAUCAUGCCUGCUGACAACUCAGUAAUAGUUAAGCAACUGAGAGUAAGACAAAUUGGAGUGCUCUAAAGCUACAUACAUUUUUUAUAAAUUUGUUGCAGUUAUCAACAUUGCACUUUUAUUCUUAUAAUUCUGCUGACACUGAGUUUGAUACAAAUAAGCUACUUUAGUUCGCUAGGCUCAACAAAAUUAUUUGUUAAAUUUUAUUCCUCUUAUUAAUCUACAUUAUUCAAGCUGUUCCUGUAGGUUCAGUGGCAAAAAGUUUUCAAGUUCUGAAUGUUUUGCUUUUGUAUGUCAACUUUAUAUGCAUCGUUUCACUUUUAGAAUCAAUGUCAUGUCAUGUAAGAAAACACAUUGUGUAACUUUUGGAAUAAUUAUAGUAUUUACAUUGCAUU